AUGCCUGCAUAUUUGCUUCAGAACCUGCACUGCUUGUUUGUGUACCCGAGGCCCAUCAUCGGGUUUCUCCUGAUUGGCUUGAUCCUGGGGCCUGCUGGGGCAGAUGUGAUCCGUCACGUUGAUGUGAGCCAUCGCAUUGCCGAUUUUGGCAUCAUCUUCUUCCUAUUUGAGACUGGCUUGGAGCUGUCUGUCAAGAAGGUCGUCUCCAUGCGAGGGGAUGUGUUUGGCCUUGGCAUGGCCCAGUUCAUGAUCACCAGUGGCGUGCUCUCCCUGCUUGCGCCACUUGUGUCUUCUCAUUUGUCGACGGGUGCCUCCUUGCUGAUGGGGGGUGGCCUUGCGCUCUCAUCAUCAGCAUUUGCUCUCCAGCUGUUGCGUGAUAAGCGCCAACUCGGCACUCGCUUUGGACGGGCGUCUCUUGGAGUGCUGUUGUUUCAGGACCUGGCAGUCGUGCCACUGCUGGUGCUUGCGCCAUUGCUGGGCGACCCUGGUGGAGCUGCACUGCCGGUGGCUAUUGCUGAGUCUUUCGGCAAGGCGGUGCUGGCUCUCGGCAUCGUCGUAGCUACUGGCCAUUUCUUUCUCCGGCCGUUGCUGUCGUUUGUGAAGCGAUCGGACUCCUCAGAGGCCUUCCUGGCGGUCACACUGGGGACGGUGUUGCUUUCAUCCAGUCUCACACAGGCGUUUGGACUCUCUGAGACGCUUGGCGCUUUUGUCGGGGGCGUGCUCGUCGCAGAGACCGACUACAAGCACCAGAUCGAGGCCAUCUAG